AUGUCCCCGCCUCCCUCCCUCCCCUCUACUCCUGUCCGAAAACCUCCUUCCUCCCUCCCUCCUUUCUCCCCUCGCACUGCUCUCUUUUCCCCUCAUGCACUUGACACAAUCUCAGUUCGGGACAUCACCCUUGCCACUGGCUGCGAACUUAUCGUCCAAGGAAUUGGCGCAUCAGAAACUAAUUCCAAUGCGGUUGCUAUACUCGAAACUGCAAUCAAAGCCAUCAAAAACAUGGACCCUUCGCUUGCUGAAAUUCACAUUCUUGUGAAACCCUUCAACACUCGCAAUGAGUGGUCGACUACCUGCCAUGUUCACCUUGAUCCAUGCCUGAAUGUGUCAACCGUUCUAGACACUGACACUGAGCCUAGAUGUGAUCUCCUCUCUCUAUGGCUCACGGCACUCAGACUGGUGGCUACCACUUUUAUGAUAAAACUAAGGCAAUUGCCUGUAGAGCUGUGUGUAUAA